AUGAAAAUUUUCAUUUCACUUUUGGCGAUUUUUGUGACUUUAAAUCACGUUUCGUCGCAAUUUUCUGGUGGGCAUUCACUAGUCGAAGACAUCAACGAAAGAGCAAGACUACUAAAAAUUGUCAAGAAUAAUUUAUGCAGUUUUGAGGGAUGCUGGGAACUUCAUAAAGUCGAAAAAAUCACAACACAAGUUGUCGCAGGUUCCUUAUCAAUUGUGCAUGGAAUAUUUGAAGAAGUAAUGGAAGAAGAAUUCUACAGAGGUGCUGUUAAAAUUUGGGAGCAGCCAUGGAUGAACUUUACUGAAGUGACAUUCAACAAAGAAGAAGUAAUCGAAGACUUGUGA